CGGGAUCGGGGCCCUAUAAAGGGUCUCGUAAAUCAGAGCGAAUGUAUUCAGACCCAGAGAGGGAACGAGUAGUGCCCUGUGCGGGUGAGGGGCAAACCAUUACCGUAAACAAACAGCAGCUUUGCGAGACUGAAAGGUUUAGUUAAGAAUUUUUUGCUUGCCAGCAAGUUCGUCAGCAGAUCAAGGACAGUUUUAAUCAAAUUGGCUGGACUGUAUUUUGACAUAUCACAAAACUGACGAUAUUGAAGAUAAAGGAACAAAGAAGAUUGGCGAGAUUAAUACGAUUAUUUGUACAUCAGCUGUUGCCAACUACAGCAGUCAGACUAUUAUUUAUCAUGCCUACUCCGUUAUCAGACGGCUGUCGAGCAGCUUGGAAUUGGAACAGACGGGAAAAGUCACACGAAGUUCGUAUUCAUGGAAAACAGUUGCAGAUUGCAUAUUUUCACCCGAACUGGAGCAACGGUACGGCCGGAGUUCGGGGAUCUAAACCUAUUAACAAUGGAAGACAUUAUUGGGAAAUUCGAAUUUCGGAAAGACUUUUUGGAACAAGUAUGAUGUUCGGAAUAGGAACGAAGAAGGCCCGGUUACACGUGGAUGCUUUUGUAAACUUGUUGGGCGAAGAUGACCAAAGUUGGGGACUUUCUCAUAAAGGAUUAUUGUGGCAUAAUGGAAUAUCGAAAGAAUACACCCGACCCUUUCAAGAAAAUGAAUCAACAACAAUUGGUAUGUUAUACGACGGUGAUACAGGAACAUUAACUUAUUUUAAAGAUGGUGACUGCUUAGGAGUUGCUUUCACCGGACUCGACAAUGUCGUUUACGAUCUUUAUCCUAUAGUGUGUUCGACCGCAGCUAAAACAGAGAUGACUCUUGGCACGAGAAAACGAAGUUUUGUGAACCUACAAGAUCGAUGUCGUGCAUCUAUUCUUUCAAAAAUUCCAAUGACUAACAGAAUAGACAAAUUACCGUUACCAAAUAAAAUUAGACAAUUUUUGAAAGAAGGUGCAGUAUGAUAUGCAUAACUUGAAAUUAACCAUAUCUUCUAAAAUGUCUGAUACAGCGAAAUAAACUUUUAGAAAGCAGUGUACAAUGUACGAAACAUCAUUAGUUCUUGCCGUUUGUAUAAUUUACAUGUAUAUAUAAUUGUAAAACAUUGUAUAUAUCUAUUUACGAUAAAUUAAUUUCACCAAUAUCGUCACAUAUCAUAUCUCUUGUAAAGGGAGGUAACCUGUCUCUUUAAUGUAAAUACAUUUAUUUAUUUAUUUAAUAAUUAAAUUAUAUAUUAAUUAUAAAUCUUAAUAUAUAAAUACGGAUGAGUAUAUCUAGUCAAUUGUUUAUACUAAAGCAUUUCGCUAAUCCGCUUUCUUUAUUUAAAGUUUUUUUAUGUAAAAAUAUUAAUUGAAUUUUAUUUGUGUGUAUAUUAAUGUAUAAUUUAUGCAGUAGAUUAUAUCUACAAAUUUCAUAAUAUAUUGAUUUUAAUAUAUUUAAGGCCAAGCCGUGCAAUAAUUCACAAUAAUAGAGUGAUGUAUAUAAUGAUGUAUAUAAUUUAGAUAAGUAAUAUAAAUAAUAAAGCACAUUAUUUAUCAUAAUUGUGCAUAUUUCAAAAGGUGCUAUUUUGUAUCAUAAACUGUAAGCAAGAGUGGGGAUGCGAGGACAAAAACUGUCAAUGUUCAUAAAAAAAAGAGCCAGUGUAGUAAAGUUUUUUUGAUUUCGAAUUUUUGAGAAAAAAAACCCCAACAAAACAGUCGUUGGAUUCGUUUAUCAGAAUAUAUCAGUAAGUCUAAAAAUAUUAAAGAAUAAAAAUGAGCUGUCAUUUUUUAGGGCGUUGAUAGAUGACGUCUAUAUAUAUAAUUAAGAUAUUUUUAAAUAAUUAACCAUGUUUAAGUCUACACAAAGGUAUUAUCAGAUUAGAACAUUGACAGUUUGACCGAGUGACAGCUGAUCUGUAUAUGAAUGAAUCUAAAAAAAAAGAAAGAAAGAAGCGGAAUUGAAUGAAAAUGAAAUG